AUGGCACUCCCACAGGAGAGAAUAUUUGAAGACGAAUUUCCACUGAUUCGAAGCUGCCCUGCAUUGAACGAAAUACGCCUUGCUCAAGAUAUCAAUGAUUUGACGAUAGAGGUAAGUUAUUUUACAUUUGACAUCUAUGCGUUUUUGUUAGGUAAAGAACGGCGACGUUCUACACGCCGACCGAAUAAUUCUAGCAGCUCGCAUUCCUUGUCUGCGAUCGGCUCUCAGUGGCCCCCUCCGGAAGGAGAAUUCGACCCUUAGAUGGCCGACGAUGCCUCUCAGGUAAAAUCUUACUCUAUUCUGUGAUGGUGUCUACCCCCCAUGCACUUUUCAGCCUAGCAGCCACGUUCAUCCAGUAUGUUUACACGGGUCAGGUGGAGAUAACACAAGAAAAUGUGAGAGGCAUAGUUACACUUGCCAGAAUGGUAAAACUGCCCGAUCUCGUGAAUUGGGGAACUACAUUCAUGGUCGACAGGUAAAUACAUUCUCCCACUUAUUUGUCCGUUUAACAGACUCAAUUCUGAAAAUUUGGCGGUCACGUGGGACUUGGCCAGGUCUCUGAAUGUCGAAUUAUUGACGGAUAAGUGCAUCAGUCUGAUGAAAGCGCACUUUGAGGAUCUCAUUCCAACUGACCUGUUUGCUAGCUUGCCAGCUGAAACGCUGCUCACAUUGCUUAGAAGUGGAGAUCUGUCAGUGGGUUCUGAAGAGCAAGUUAUUGGAGCCAUCGCACGUUGGGUUGGUUCUGGUGGCCAGAACGAUGAUGAGAAGUUGAAUGUCCACGCUCCUACAAUGCUGAGGGAGGUCCAGUGGCACUUGACGACCGUCCAAUGCCGAAGCCGCCUAAUGGAGUGCCAUGCAAUUUUUAAGAAAAGUAACGAAUGCGCGUAA